CACGAGAGCAGUAGGGGGAUUUCCAGCUCUGGCCCCCCACUUCCCGAAGCUGCCGUUGUUUUGCUUUCGGUCUGAAUGCAGAAACAGAAAUAAACGACGACCACACUUUCCCUUUUCCACUUAAAACCUCGAGCGUGGUAACCUGCCCAUCUUGGGCCGCUCUUGUUAUUCCGACAGCGGGACUGCGGAGCCAGAGGCCGUCCAAACCUAACAGAUCAUAAUGCCAGUUGAGAGGAUGAGGAUGAGGCCCUGGUUGGAGGAGCAGAUUGAAUCCUGUCAGAUUCCAGGACUGAAAUGGGUUAACAAAGAGAAGAGAAUCUUCCAGAUCCCUUGGAUGCACGCUGCUCGUCAUGGCUGGGACUUGGAGAAGGAUGCUCCCCUCUUCAUGAGAUGGGCCAUCCACACUGGUAAAUACCAGCCGGGUGUUGACCGUCCAGAUCCAAAGACAUGGAAGGCUAAUUUUCGCUGUGCCAUGAACAGCCUGCCAGAUAUCGAGGAGGUAAAGGAUAAAAGCAUCAAAAAGGGAACUAAUGCCUUUCGAGUUUAUAAGAUGCUCUCCUCCUCAGAGAGAAAUGCCAAGAAAGGAAAGAAGAAAGCAGACAAGGAAGGGAAAUCCAAAGGAAAUAAAGAGGUUGCUUCUCCAUCUCCUGGACCUGUUGACUAUACCAAACAGGGGACGAUCAAGCAGGAACAACUGGAGCUGAUAGUGUCAGACAGCGCGUCAGUGAUCCACAGUCCAGCUGAAGACCAUGUGAUCACCAGUGAACAGCUGCCGUUUGUCUGUCAGACAAUCGAAGUGACCACUGAGAACGAGGAGCAGACUGUUAGCUCCUCCCACCCGUACCCGCUGCAGAUCUCUCCUGUGUCUUCAUGCUGCGGCAGCGACACAGACAGUGACACAGAAGCCAUCAAAGAGGGUAUUGGUGCCGUCUGGAGGCGGGACUACAGCACAUCAGUUCUCAGGAUUCCCCCGUGUUCUCUUCCUGGCAUGGCGACCUUCGUCAGUCCAAGCAAGCCCAACUUCAGGGUGACGAGCACACGAGACCCCGCCCCGCUCAUCAGCUACCACACCGACGGCUGGACGCCGACCCACAACCAGAACUCUCUCGGAUCCAUGCCAGCCAGUCACACCCAUGAAAUGCGCGCAAGUGUCAUUAUGAAAACCUCUGAUGUCACUUCCUCUUGACCUGAGAUGCGGGAGUUGCAUCACUGCUUCCAGUCCAUAGGAAAGACAGAAAAUGUUUUUCUCCCUCAGAGCCAUGUGGGGCCUAAAAAGGGACACACCUCCAAAAAAAUUUGAUUUCUCCUAACGUCUGUCUGGGCCAGCAUUUCUCUCAGUUUUUCCUUUCAUUUGAGGAAGUCGCUUGACUUGGGCACAAAGCAAUGAGCACUUGAGCUCAUUUAUCUACUUCCUGCACGUCUUCGUGAUGUAAAUUGUCAACUUCCGUGUCCGGAGCGUUUGCAGGCCUAUGUGCAGUAUCAAAUUUAGGAGCAAGUGCACCAUACUAACUGCAAAACAUGUGGCUUGAAUUGAACCAUGUCCUCAGCUGUUGUUCCACUAUUUUCGAAUACAGCUGACCCCAUGUGUCACCGGUUGAUGGUUUUCUCCGCUGCUUUGUGGUAACGCUUGAGUAAAACACCAGUGGAGGAAUUUUGCCACUUUUACCUGUGAAGGGAAAAAUGUGCUUUUAUCUCUCAGGAGUUCUUCAUGAUUUUAUUGCUCAGUGUGUAUUUUAAAUUAAGUCAGUUUGAGACAGUCGAGCUGAAGUCUGAGCGCAGGAUGAAAUCCUGUCUGUAAAGCCUCAACAGCAACUGCUCAGCCUGCCAGUAGGGAGACAUGUGGCAGGGAGGGCCCAGGCUGGCUGGUUAGCAGUGACCUGACUUUCAACAUAUGAGCCUGCUAGUGAACCAGUUGUGGAAAAGAUGAUAAAAAAAAAAAAAGCUAAAAUAAGUUGACAAAUAUUACCUGGGCAGCACGCCCAAGUAUAGUCUUUAUGUUUGGAAAACCCUACACCCUCUCAUUCAUCAGCUGUGUUGUGAUUUUUAAGGACGGGCAAAGUUCAACAAUCCUUAUCAAACAUAGUGUGAGCUCAAGUGUUGCCACCAAAAAGCUCUACUGGGGACACAUGGUUGCAAACUGCACGCGUUCAUAAGUAAUGACUGGAAAAUUCAUCUGUUUUGGCAAAGCAGUUAGAAAAAGAAAGACAGGCCUGUUGUUUUAUCUGUGCAGGGAAUGACAAUCAUCAUGAGGCCCUGCAGGCUUGUGUCUCUGUGUGUGUGUGUGUCUGUAUGUUUGGAGACCUCAGGACAAAGUACUCACCAACACACACACACACACACACACACACACACACACACACACACACACACACACACACACACACACACACACACACACACACACACACACAAAGAUGAACUGACUGACAGACUGUGAACAUGUCUUCUCUCCUCUGCCCACUGGUAUUAAUAAUGUACAUAGCUGAUACUUCCGUAUGCCUGCACGCUGCUUCAGCACCUUACAGACAGUGUGUGUGUGUGAGUGUGUGUAAGUGUGUGUGUGUGUGUGUGUGAGAGAGAGAGUGGGGUGAGGAUAACUCUUAUUGAUUGCAUGUGCCUUUGAUAGCGUAGCUGGAUUCAAACUGUUUGUGUUUUAGCCUGCUGCUGACAUGUGCAGGUGGCACGUAGGAAUUUAGUGGUCUUGAGGCAGCUGACAGCGCUACAGGAAGCACAGAGGGAUGAAGCACAACAAAAGAUAUAAGUUCUCUGUGUUAGAAGAAAAGACAGAGGCACUGAAAAGAAGGCUUUCCUUCAUCUGACUUUCUGUAAGGGGACCCGUUAAGACACUUUUUUUUCUACUCUUGGCUUUCAUUGAAUGCCAUAGAAGUCAUAGGUGGAUUUCCCUGAUGUGCUUGUCUCAGGCCUCCCACUCACACGCUGAUCACAUCUUUCGUUUGCUGAUGCCAAUGAGGAGAAAGUUAGCAUAAAAGAGGGGAAAAAAGAGCCGAAACUGCGCGUUUCAGAACAUGAACUGAGGGGCUGCACCAAGGCCCAAUCUAAAGAAAAAUAUUUAUAUUUUAAACUCUGAAUCAUGCCAAGUUAUUAGUAGAAUCCAAGAAUAAAAUGAACUUCCAGUGAAUUUAAAGGAUAUGUAAGGUGUGUGUCUUAUAAUAACUAAGAUAGGGAAUUGUCAAUGAAUUACCUCCUCUACAUGUGUGUCUGCAGUAUUCCAGUCCUCGUUCCCAGCUAACGUAGGCGCGCAGGUGUUGCAACACAAGUACAUCCUGUUUUUCCAUGAUGCUCAGCACUGCUCUAUGUUAACAGUAGUUUGCAUAUCAAAUUUUCCACAUCUUAAGAUGAAAAAUGACUCUGAGCUCCUGGAAUGCAAAAAAAAAAAGCUCACAGAAGGAUUCCCAGCUGUUUAUUUUCAAGUCUUCUCGAGAAUCACUGGCCCCUCACUUCCAAACUGCGGGGAGCAUGUUUUCAGUAUGCUGAAAGAUGUGUUGGCAGCUAGCAGGCUAAAGCACAGCUCAGCAGAGCUCAAGUAGGAAAACAGUAGGGAAAGUAGGAGUCUGAGAAUUUUAACACUGGAUGCACACGACGAUCAUGGUGAAUUUAUUCAUGGUUCUCGCUGAAUCGGAGGGCUCUGGGCUCGCUUGAUAGCAAAUCUCUCAUGUGCCUUUAUUGCCAGAGCAGCACAAAUCCAAACAGUGACAGAUUGCCUCCGAUCUCUCUCUGUUGUUAAACUUGCUGAUAGUUCUCUCUGUAAGAGUCUUCAAUACAAUACAGCCUUUUAAUACUACUAAUCACACAUACCCCCCUCUGCAGCCAUAACAGCUACCCUUUUAUUUUGAACCUUGUUAUUUUUUUUUUUUCUUAACCCAUUUGUCCCGACACUCCCUAAGUGGAAUAAUGAGGCAUAGAGGUGAUGAUGUGAAUGUGCCAUAUUAACCGGACUGCUGUUUUGAUAGUGGUCUCCCAGUUCCUCAGUACUUCUGGUCUAACAUCUCUUCCCUGUUUUGCAUUGCCUUAAAAAAAAGCCUGACCAGGUCUAAGUACCCAAAGUGCACUUUUCUGUAGUGUUUCUUUCUGCAAAGUCGUUGCAAUGUCUUUACAACCAAAAAGCAGUGAGAGUUGAUGGCAUCUUAUCGUGUUUAGCUUAUCUUUUCAGUUUGUUUUUUUGUGCGUUUUUGUGAUUCAGAGCCACUGAUCACUUAAACCAGAGGUGUGUCUUACUCUUUUGCACUUAGCGCAUUACCAUAAAGGGCAACAGUCAGUUCAAAAGAAAGAAAGACAAAAAAAAAAAA